AUGGGUGGUCCGGGGAGUGGUAGUUGCAGUAGCAGCGGAGAGGAAGACGGUGACGCUGAUUGGAAAGCAGCCAUCGACUCAGUUUCCGCCGUCGCCACCACCACUGCCACCAGCAGUGGUUUCGCUGCUGCCUCCAAAGAUUCAGCCGUAUCCACGGAUGGCACAAACAGUAAUCAGAAAUCCCAAAAUUUGAAGCACUAUCAAAUCAAGGCACAAAAGCUUUUGGAUGACAUCAUAGAAAACACCUUAGUGAUGGUGGAAGAUCUCAUUCAUAUCUCCGAUAACGAAAAGACAAAUGAAGGUGGAAUUCGGUUGUUCAAGCAUGCUCCUCCAGGGAUAGUGUUUGAUCAUAUGGAUAAAAUUCAACAACCAAGAAAGAGACCAAGAAUCCUUCCAGGGAAUGAGAUUGACGAGAAAUCAAAGAAGUUUAGAGGGCAACUCCGAUCUGUUGCUGUUGAUGGGGUGGAUAUAAUGGCAGCGGCAAGAGAUGCUUGUCAGAAAUCAGUAGCCAGACUUGAAGCUAAAGAUGCGGCAGCAAAAGCAGCAGCCAAAAGGGAGGAAGAAAGGGUUGCAGAACUGAAGAGAACUAGGGGGGAGAGAUGGCUACCCUCAAUUGCCCGAGAAAGGCAGAUCAAGUUGGGAAGAAGUUAACAAAUUCGAGACAUAGAAACCAUGCUACUGCAGUGACAAAAUGUAGAGGUCAUCUGAUGUGGAGCACAUCUAUUGGUCCUUUCUGAUUGUUUAUCUCAUCCAUGUGAUGACCAAUGUUGCAAAUUGUUAGGCUGAAAGACGCUAUCCUUGUGGUAAUUUGAAAUCAGUAAAAGCUAGCCCAAUAUUCAAAAGCCUUUUUGAUCGCCCCUCUUUGAAGUACUGUGUACAAUGCUUAGUGGAUUUACUUUCAUAAUUGCAAGCAGGGUUGCAGUAAAGCAUCCGAAUUCUCAUUUUGUUUCCCAUGUCAAAUGAUGAAUCGCAUGCCCAUUUCGUAUAAUACUCUGAGAGCCGUUUUUUCCUAUAUAUAUAUAUAUAUAUAUAUAUAUAUAUAUAUAUAUAUAUAUAAAAGUUUAUCUUGCUCAUGGAUUCCGUAAUCGGAAAUGAAGGUGUGAGAUAUUGGGCUGCCGACGGGCGUAGCUUAUUUCAAAAUUGUAAGAACUAGAGCUUCCAAAUGAUCCUUUUCUUUCCGUCAAAAGGUGCAGGAGUGGACGCCACCAGAACGGAAAGGCUAAGAAAGGUGCAGGGGCGCGGCGACCAAGAAGCAUUUAGAGGUGGAGCUUUAACUUUGAAGUUUGAAGUGGGUGGUAAAUUUUGAAAUGGUGGGACCAACGAAUAUUAUAGAGGAAGCUACGCGGAAGCAACCGAGUUUCUCUUUAUGUGCAAGUUGUCAUAUGAUGAUUGAGGAUAAGCCAAUUUCGGUCCUGAGAUAGAAGUGAGAAACAGUUUAACUCACUGAAUUCCUCACUUCCUUGGGGGCACUGGGCAGGAAAAACCCUAUUCUCCUGGCAGUAUGCUUUAGAAUCUGAGGCUUUCAUAUUGGGUAUUCAUAUUUUGGUGGGGGAGGCGGUGGACUUGGUGGAAGAUGGCAGUGUUAUUGGCUAUGGUGGUUGAUGCUCUGGGUCUGUGUGUGACCACACUUUGGGAUCUGCAGGAGCGGAGGUUCUCUACCAUUUUUGAGACUGUGAGUGCUGCAGCAAGGUCAGUUACCAUGGCACUUGUGUUUUGUUUCUUGUCCGUACAUAGACACCGUAUCGGAGACUUUGGUGUGGCCUUCCUUUGAUUUUCAAUCUUAUUGCUUCUCUUCUUAUAAGCUCGAUUGUCAAGUUAUUUGGCAAUCUUUAGCCAGAUUUAGCAUUUGGCGUUGAUGAAGAGUGCCUUCAUUUGAUUACUGUUCAUUGUGCCUUAGCUGAACAGAUCUGGAUAUUGUAUCUGAUAUUAUUACUCACAGCGGUUGAAUUCAGAUGUCUUGUGGUGUGGCUA